AGGGCCCGCGGCUUCCAGAGCUGUACAGAGGAGAGGGAAACUGGCUCAGGUUACAGGGACGAGAGCUGGCGACUCGCCUGUAGCACAUAGUGGGAUCGCUCAGAGGAGAAGUAGCGAAUGGGACAAACGGAGCGGAACGCAGAGGAAUAAGACUGUCCAUAAGAAUCAGGAACACCACUGACUGAUGGCAAGAUACAGAAUGUCUCGUUUUUUAAGGUUGAUGUAGUUACUCAUGUGGACGCAGUAAGAUAGUUUGAAGAUAUCUUAAAAAAAACUGCAAAAGUGCCCCCAGUAUAAACAGCCUCUUAUAAACUUCAACGUUAUAGGUCGUUGGGAUUUCUGCUGCGCAACUCUUCAUCUGAUGAAUAUAGGGAUUUUCUUGUGGAUCGAACCAAAAUUAGAUGUUUAAAAUGGAACAGGAGCAAAAAUGGGCAGUCGCUGGUAAACCAGGUGAGAAGAGGCGGACUGGCUUGGAGCAGCAACAGCGUUUAAAACAGCCGUUGUGGAGAAACUGGAGAGAUUUGUCUUGCAUGACGAUUUGCAUUGUGGUAUCUGUGCUGUCUCUUGGAGUUUGGAUCGUGGUUUUUGUGCGGACCUCGGAGCUGCAGUCCAGGAUAGUAAGUCUGGAACAGCAGCAGCGAGUCGCACAGCUUUCCUCGUGGAUGCGUUCUGUGGAGCAGGUGGAGCCUGUCAUCUUGGGUCGACUGGACCAGAUCCUGGAAGAAAAGCUUGCGGCGCGACUACCGAAAACAAGGGACGUGAGGGAAGUUUCCCAUAGCUGCCUGUGUCCCCCAGGACCUCCAGGUCCUCCUGGACGAGCAGGCUUUCCGGGCUUAAAAGGACACACAGGGGAGAAGGGAGCACCAGGUGACCCUGGACUGUCUAUAAUUGGACCAAGAGGACCACCCGGACAACCUGGUACAAGAGGAUUUCCAGGAUUUCCAGGUCCAAUUGGGUUGGAUGGCAAACCUGGACAGAAUGGACUGAAGGGAGACAUGGGGCACCGUGGUCCUAAAGGACACCCAGGGGAGCCUGGACCUAAAGGGGAGAAGGGUAUAUGUGGAGAUUACACGCACCGGAAGCGACGUAUUGUACAGACCUGUGUUGGACAGUUGGCCACAGGCGAGCCUGGAGCACGGGGACCCCCAGGACCUCCAGGGCCACCUGGACUACCAGGAAGACCAGGAGUGGACGGAGCCAAUGGCCCACCGGGUAAGCCUGGGGAGCCAGGCAAACCAGGAAAAGACCCAAGGCUUUUACCAGGACUGAAGGGUGAACCAGGUGUGCCAGGACAAAAGGGUGAUCGAGGUGAUGUUGGCCCGCCAGGUCAUGAAGGUCCAAAGGGCCAGGCUGGCAUCCCUGGUACCCCUGGCAUUCCUGGCAAGCGGGGCUAUAGGGGGGAGAAAGGGGAGCCAAGCACUGAAGCCCAGGGAAUUAAAGGAGAGCCUGGUUCACCAGGACUGCCAGGGUUAAGGGGACCCAAGGGUGACAAAGGUGACCAGGGAGAAAAGGGGGAAUCAGGCCUUGAAGGCCCAGCUGGCCCAAGAGGUCCACCUGGUCCAACUGGGGAGCCAGGAAAGGCUGAAAUCCAGAGUGAAAAUGAUAUCCGCAACGUGCCCCUGAUGGGUCCCCCUGGAUUACCUGGACCUCCAGGGCCCCCCGGAGUCCCUGGAGCCAAGGGUGAAGUUGGUCUAACAGGUCCACCAGGACUGGACGGAGAGAAGGGACCUCGAGGGAAGCCUGGAGAACCUGGUCCUCAGGGCCCAGCUGGUCCUGAAGGUCCCAGGGGAGAGGAUGGUGUCAUCGGCUUCCCAGGACCCAAAGGAGCCAAGGGAGACAUGGGUCCAUCUGGAUCACCUGGCCCUAAAGGCGAACCUGGGGAUUUAGGAACAUCAGAAUUGAUCUAUGGUCCUCCAGGGCCACCAGGACCCACAGGACCAGUUGGCCCAGCACGUCUGGAGAUGCUGGACUUCAGCCUGAACCUGCCUCUCUGCCCGUGUCUGGAGCCGCUGGUCCUCGGCCUGAACCUGCCUCUGCGCCCGCACCUGAUGCAGUGGAGCUGCAUUGAUACGUCUCUGGCCGGUGCAUACAGGAAUCAAAGUGCCACCGAAAAAGAUUACUCCAGCUCCAGAAGAGAUUGA